CUUCCUUCAUCUGCACGAUCAUGGAGCCAAUUCUAGUUUCAACCUGUAUUGCUGCGAUCUUCCUGGGGAUCGCCACACACCUGGGCCUGUUUAUCCAUUCAGAAUGGGAGGUACACGUCUUUUCUGUGGUUGCCACUCUCUUCGUAUCGCCGGUCGCAGUGCUCUGCCUCUUGGCCGGCCUAGGAUACUCCCAUGCGCUGUGGCUGAUGCUGAGCGCCGUCAUGAGCUAUAACGUAGCUUUAUGUUCGUCCAUCGCGGUCUACCGAUACUUCUUCCACGCAUUAAAGCGCUUCCCUGGCCCAAAACUAGCGCGAAUUUCGGCGCUCUGGUGCUUCAAGGACGCGGUGAUUGAUGCCAAAUGGCAUCUACGCGUGCAGGAGCUCCACCGCCAAUAUGGGACCUUUGUGCGAAUCAAGCCACGUGAGAUAUCGAUCGAUGACCCGUCAGCCAUCAAGGCAAUCCACGGGGCCGGAACAUCGUGCGUCAAGGGUUCGUUCUACGACCUGAACUACCCGAACCAUUCCCUGCAGAUGUCCCGCGAUAAGGCCUUUCAUAGCAAGCGAAGGAGGCUUUGGGAUCGUGGGUUCAGUCCUCGAGCACUUGCCGGUUAUGAGCCGUUCAUACUCGAUCACUGCAGGGUUCUGGUCGAGCUGAUCUCCGCUCGAGCACCACACAAGCAGGAAGUCAAUGAAUUGAUUGCUGGGUUCACCUGGGACUCCAUGGGAAUCUUGGCGUUCGGUAAAUCGUUCAAUAUGUUGCAGGGCGCUCCACCGCUCAACAUCCAAAUGAUGAAGAAUCUUGGUCGAAUUGCGAGUGUGCUGCAGUGCGCGAGCUGGAUGGCCCAAUUGGUCCGGAACGCUCCAAUUCUGCGAGUGAAGAACCAGGAGUGGUUGAAUUGGUGCAGCGAGCAGUUGGAGAAAAGGAAAAAAAUGGAACUGAAUCAUCAGGACCUCUUCAGCUAUUUGAUUGAAGGAGCCCUUGCCAAUAAUGAAGGUCAAGUGAAGAGCGAGUCGGACGAAGACCUAGUCUAUGACUCCGAGCUCACCAUCACUGCAGGUAGCGACACCACUGCUGCGACGGUCAGUGCGAUUCUGUAUUUGCUGGCGCAGCAUCCAGACAAGCUCCAGAAGCUGCAGCAGGAGUUGGACACUUGUGUCCCUGCUGGCGAGAGUUUGUCACAUGCUGCGUUAGCAGGUAAGCCAUGGCUGGAAAGCUGCAUCAAUGAGGGUCUACGCAUGUACCCCAGCGUGGCGAGCGGUGUCCCACGCGAAACUGGUCCUGAGGGUCUCAUGGUAGCCGGAGUCUACAUCCCUCCAAGGACGAUAGUCUCUACCCCGACUUACACUAUCCACCGAGACCCACGAAACUUCGUUGACCCGCACAGCUUCGUUCCCGAGCGAUGGUCCAGCAAGCCGGAGAUGGUACUCUGCAAAGAAGCAUUCAAAUCCUUCUCCACCGGAAAAUACUCUUGCGCGGGGAAGCAGUUUGCGAUGAUGGAGAUGCGACUGGUGGUGGCCACGAUUGAGAGGGACGAGAACCACUGGAGGAAGUAG